GCGGGCAGCGAGAGGCGCGCCGGCUGCGCGCACCCCGCACACGGCGCGCUGCCACCGAGGGAGGGAGGGAGCGAGCGAGCACCAUGUGCCGGCCAGCGCUCGCCCGGCUGCUGCUCCUCCAGCUGCUGCUGCUCAAGCUGCACCUCGGCAAAGGCGCCGUCAAGGAGUGCGAGGAGAACCAGUUCCAGUGCCGGAACGAGCGGUGCAUCCCCGCCAUCUGGAAAUGCGACGAGGACGACGACUGCUCGGAUAACAGCGACGAGGCGGAUUGCCCAAAGAAAACUUGUGCUGAGUCAGAUUUCACUUGUGACAACGGGCACUGCAUCCCAGCCAGGUGGAAAUGUGAUGGGGAAGAAGAAUGUCCCGACGGGUCAGAUGAAUCAGAAGCAGCAUGCACCAAACAAGUGUGUCCAUCUGAAAAAAUUAGCUGUGGAGACUUAAGCAACAAGUGCAUCCCGUUGUCCUGGAGAUGUGAUGGGCAGAAGGAUUGUGAAAGUGGAAUUGAUGAGGCUGGUUGCACUCCUGCUUGUUCUCCCAACGAGUUCCAGUGCAGUAACAAGUCGUGCAUCUCCAUCAUCUUCGUGUGUGACGGUGACAAUGACUGCGGGGACGGCAGCGAUGAAAGGAAGUGCUCCCCUCUGACCUGCAACCCCAACGAGUUCCAGUGCAACAACAGCGUGUGCAUCCCGGAGCUGUGGGUGUGCGACAACCAGCCCGACUGCGAGGAUCAGUCCGACGAGUCCAUGGAGAAGUGCGGCUACGACACCAAGGCCCUCAACACGUGCGCGGCCCACGAGUUCCAGUGCGGGAACGGCGAAUGCAUCCACCUCAACUGGAAGUGUGACGGUGACGAGGACUGCAAGGACAAGUCUGAUGAGCAGGACUGCCCUCUGGUGACCUGCCAGCCAGAUGAAUUUCAGUGUGGCAAUGGGACCUGUAUCCAUGGAGCAAAGCAGUGUGACAAGGUGCACGACUGUCCUGACAACAGUGACGAGGCUGGCUGUGUCCAAGAGUCAGCAUGUGAAAGUCCCAGCAAGUUUCAGUGUAAGAGUGGAGAGUGCAUUGACGGAGGCAAAGUGUGCGAUUCACAUAAAGACUGCAGGGACUGGUCUGACGAGCCUCUGAAAGAAUGUGGUGUCAAUGAAUGCUCGAUGAACAACGGUGGCUGCUCACACAUAUGCAAAGAUUUGAAGAUUGGUUACGAGUGCGAAUGCCCGCCUGGAUACAAGCUUCUGGAUAAAAAAACGUGUGGAGACAUAGAUGAAUGUGAGAAUCCAGACGCUUGUAGCCAGAUCUGCAUUAAUUACAAGGGAGACUACAAAUGUGAGUGCUACGAAGGAUACGAGAUGGACACCCUGUCCAAGAACUGCAAAGCUGUAGGCAAGAGCCCGUACCUGAUCUUCACCAAUCGCCACGAGGUCCGUAAAAUAGACCUGGUGAAAAGGGACUAUUCCCGUAUCAUUCCCAUGCUGAAGAACGUGGUGGCACUGGAUGUGGAGGUGUCAACAAACAGAAUAUAUUGGUGUGACUUGUUCUACCGAAAAAUCUACAGCGCCUACAUCGACAAAGCGAGCGACACGGCCGAGCAGGUGAUCCUGAUCGACAGCCAGCUCAACUCCCCCGAGGGACUGGCCAUUGACUGGGUCCAUAAGAACAUCUACUGGACAGACUCUGGAAACAAAACCAUCUCAGUGGCCACUGCAGAUGGAAGAAGGAGGAGGACACUUUUCAACAGUGACCUCAGUGAGCCCAGAGCCAUCGCUGUGGAUCCCACACAGAGGUUCAUGUAUUGGUCUGACUGGGGAGACAAAGCCAAGAUUGAGAAGGCCGGUCUGAACGGGGUGGGGCGGCAGGUGCUGGUCACCGACAACAUCGAGUGGCCAAACGGCAUCACACUUGAUUUGCUGAAUCAGCGUCUCUACUGGGUAGACUCCAAAUUGCAUUCACUGUCCUGCAUUGAUUUCAAUGGCAGCAACAGAAAAGUUCUGAUCUCCUCUGUGGAUGAUCUGAGCCAUCCUUUUGGCUUGGCAGUGUUUGAGGACAGAGUGUUCUGGACUGACCUGGAGAACGAAGCGAUCUUCAGUGCAAACAGGCUCAAUGGCUUGGACAUCUCCAUCCUGGCAGAGAAUCUCAAUAACCCUCAUGACAUCGUGGUGUUUCAUGAAUUAAAGCAGCCCAAAGCUCCAGAUUCCUGUGAGCUCAGCCCCCAGCCAAACGGAGGCUGUGACUACUUGUGUCUUCCUGCACCUCAGAUCUCUCCCCACUCCCCCAAGUACACGUGUGCUUGUCCUGACAAUAUGUGGCUGGGUCCUGACAUGAAAAAAUGCUACAAAGAUCUUCCAACCACUGCAACUCCUGUAGUGGUUUCCACAAGCACAGCGUCCCGUGCUGACGGCACCACGACCAUCGCCGCUGUACCUGGCAGUGCCAAUGACACCACUGAAGUCGUCCCCAAAGCUGUACCAGAAGCUACAAUCACCACCCCCAGUCUUCAUUUACCUUCCACCACAUCCAUCCUGAUAGAUUCUGAGAUGACCACUGGAAACAGCAAUUUAUCACAGCACUAUGCAAAUGAUGAUGAAGGCUUCGGUUCAACUGUGACAGCAGCUGUGAUUGGAAUUGUCAUUCCUGUGGUGGUCAUUGGCUUGCUGUGCAUGGGGGGAUACCUCAUCUGGAGAAACUGGAAACGGAAGAAUACUAAAAGCAUGAAUUUUGAUAAUCCAGUUUAUAGGAAGACAACAGAAGAGGAAGAUGAAGACGAAAUCCACAUUGGGCGAACUGCCCAAAUUGGACACGUGUACCCAGCACGUGUAGCAUUAAGCUUAGAAGAUGAUGGAUUGCCAUGAGGAUGAAGAUGCUGCUCCCAUCAUCUGAACACUGAACAAAUUUGCUUUGGACCACAGAACCUGCUUCCUCUUUUUGAUCGUUAUUUAUGUUGCAGAAGGGUAACCACAAAGUUAUAAUGAACUGCAAACAUCCAAAGGAUGUGAGAGUUUUGUAUGUAUAAUCUUUUAUACACAUUUUAACUUGUUGCACUACCCAUUUGUGAUAGUGAAUAAGCAACAGCUGAGCUACUAACUCAAUGUACAUAACCAGCCAGGCUGAAGGUUCAGUAGCUAUUGCUUUAUUUUAAGACUAUAUUUAUAGAUAUUUUGUAAAUAUGUUGAAUAUGCUUUGUGGCUAUCCAUCAACAUAAGUAAAAUAAAUUCUGUACAGGCAGUUUAGAAAUAUUUAUUAACAAAAUCUGGAUUAUAAACUCUGUUCUGUAAAUAUAGUAGAGGGGUGAGAGUAUUUAUUUUUUGUAUGUUUGGCUUGCUGUGCAUAGAUUAUCUGUGUAUAUAUCUAUCUGAAGAAGAUAGAUAUAUAGGCAUAUAAAUAUAUACAUAUAUAUAAAAAUAUAUACAUAUAUUUUAAAACUACUAGCCUACAUUUAUGAAAAUUAGGGAUAAUUGAAUUUUUACAGGAUGUUUGAGAAGUUUGCUUUGAAAUCUAAAGACACUAUGUAAGAAAGAGCUGUAGUGUAAGAUAGCUGACCAGUGAAGCACUCCAUAACAAACAGCUCCUGAUUCCCAUCCUGGCUCUUAAGGGCUGCUUUUACAUUUUCCAGUCUAUCCAUGAAGAAUCCAUGCAGUGCAUUUAACUGGAGAGCUAUUGCCUACAGCAUUUCAGCCAGGAGAAACUCCUACAGCACCCAGGGUUUUUGUGUUGUAUCGUUGCUUUUUUACAGCUUGGUUUUUGUUCAUUUGUUUCUAAAUGUAAAUCUAAAUGUUUUCCAACACUCCCAAGUGAGUGCUUGCCCUGGUUUUUCAGGAAAAAAACAAACAAGUCACUUCCUUACUUCCUUGCAUUUGUCCCCUGCUCAUGCUGACAAAAAAUUGAAGUUUAGGAGCUGCUGUGGCAGGCGCAGAACUCUUCCACAGUCCUGCCCCUGGCAAGCUGCCCACGGCAGGGCUCCAGCAGCACAGCACAAUGGGCAAGGAAGCCAGAGCAGGUUAAAAAUACCCAGCCUUUCCAGUGUCUGUGGCUGGGACAUCCUGCACCUGGCAGGAAAAACACUUUGUUUUUCUUAUCUUGUUCUCCUGGGAAUUCUGUGGGAAGUGAGCACACUUUCCUCCCACUGCAUAAUGGCCUGGUACCUCCCUGAACUGUACCAAAUCCCAGAGAAAUCUUCCUCAUGUUUUUAUGUCAGUCCAAGCUUUUGUAUUUGAGUAGAAGAAACUCAGGCUGAGUAGGUUUGGAUUUUUUUUCCUUUUGUUUUCCUUUAUUUUAGAAUCAAUUUACAGAGUAAUGUGAGCUGGAAGCUGAUUCUUGACUAAGAGAAGGAAAAAAUUAUGUAAAGCCCUGGUAUGCAUUACAGACAUUAUACAUACUCUCAAAUGCCUCAUGGCCUGCACAGUCAACACAGAAUUAAUCAAGCAUCCUUCUAGUCUAAAUUUUAGAUUUUAAGGCAGUGACAAAAUGAAAUAUCCCAUUAUUGUUUUAAGGUAUGAAGCUCUUUCUACAAAUCCAUGCACUGUGUGCAUGAAGAAAAAAGCUGAGAAAGGCUGUAUGUGAUAACACUGUAACUAACAGACGAAUGUAAAUAUAUAUGAAAGUUCUACAGUUUUGAUACUUUUUUAAGAACACACAAACCAGCCUGUACAAACCAUGUGUAAAAGGCUGCAGGUUUUUUCAAACCAUUGUAAAUGAACUCAACAUGCAGUGCUGAUUUCAACCUUUACAGAUUUAUAACUACUGAGAAUCAAACACCAAAUUUGUUUUUUAAGAAAUUAAUUAUUUUAAAUAAUGGUUCAGAUUGGUAGGGUGAUAUUUAACAUCGUAAUCAUUUCUGCUCUGUCUUGUCAUACUGAAGUUCUGUUAGAGUAAGUUCUUGCUUGGUGCCUUUUGUGUUUCAGUUCUUACCUUCCAGACAAAAGGCCCAGGGAGGGGCGGGGGGCUCUGUGUAACACUUGCUGUACUGGAAACCAAAUGAUCACGUUUGUAAAACAGUGCACUGUUUCUAUAGAAAGAUUAAAUUUUUUUAUCUGGGAUUACUGAACUGAUUUCUUCAUGGUGUCUGAAACGGGACUGUAUCAUACUUUGGUCUGACUUUUCCCUAAUUCUUUAUUGCCCAAAUCCAGAGUGGGAUGUGGGAGCAGUGCUGCGUAAGGAUGGUGCAAUAUUCAAAACAGAGCGCUUUGUUCUGAAUUGUCUUUUUCUGCCACGUUGGUCAUCUGAAAAUCACAUGGAAAACAGCACCAGUUUCAUUUCCUCGAGCUGAAUAAUUCCAUCAGUGAUGCAGCCAAGUAAAACUUCCUGUUUUUUGUCGUACACCAGUCCUUACCCAGCGUGAGAAAAUGUCCCAGACCUGAACAGUGCUCACUACACAACUGGUGGGGUUUUUAACCUGAACUGCCACAUGCUGGACUAUUCAACAGCUAAUUGUGAAUGACUCAGUUUCUUCCACAAGCUUUUGGUAAAAUAUCUACAGAAGCUGCAAAACUCCUUAGAGCCACACUUACACCCUCCUCUUGAAAAAAAAAGACAGAAAUACUGCUAUUUCUGGAAUCUCAAGAGGCAGGCUCAACUUCUUUUCUUUUAACCAUACAAACAUUCCCUUUCAUGGAAAUGAAGCCAGAAGAAGGCUCUGAAAGUAUCACAAGAGUUUUGGCUGGACACAUAAGUGACUCAGCACUAACACACUGUUAGCUUGCUCUCUCUUCCCUGUCUCUUGAAAAAAAGGGAAAUCCUGGAUAAUACAACACAAUACAACCUUUCCCCAUCCCAUGUUGUUCAAAGUCCUUGGAAGCAGUGCAAUUACUGAAAUUCUCUUUCAGUCAAGUCUUGGUCCCAAAGGAAGCAGCCAAGCAAGUAAAACUUUUCAGGCAAAGAAUUAUUACCAAACUAAUAUGGACUGAUGUACUGGUAAAUAUCAGUGGUUUUGUUUUCUAUCCAAUUGGAAAUAGGUUUUUCUUACUUCAAAAGAUUCUUCCUUUUCACUGAACUAUUUUGGCAAACUAAUAUGGUAACAAAGAGAAAAAGUGAAACAACAAAAUUCUCUCCAGGUCUAAACAGCAAGGACAGCACAAAAAACUGAAAGACCCUCAUAAGAGAGUCCCAAACCUACCUGGGCACUAAGAUGUGUGCUAGCUUUGCAUUAAUUAAUAUUUAAUAAAAAAGAAAAAACUGCCUACAGAAAUUAUUUUUUUCUGAAAAAAGCUACUCAGAGCUUCUUUUGUGCCUAGAAAAAACUAAUAGCUAAUUUUAAGAAUUGACAACUGAUUAAACUAUUUAGAAGUUAGAUUUGUCUCUGUGAGAUCUAUAUUUUAAAAACAAAUAAGUCUAAUGUGAAAAAAGACGUUCAGUGCUGUGGUAAAUUUUAAAAGGUUUAAUAAAAAAGACAGUAGGAGACAGACAAUAAAGCAGAGGGUUAAAACGGCUGGGUGCUUGGCACUCUGCCAAGAGCACCCCUGCUGUUUUGGAAACAUCCUUUACAUUCCAUUUCUAUUCCAUCAACUUGAUGCUUAUUCACAGACUUUAUGCAUAUUCAAACUUUUCUAUUAAAUAAUUUAUAUUUUCCAGGCGCUGUUUAGCACGGCCACUUCCUGGGUCACCUUUUUAAAGCAUGUGUGUUUCUUGGCUUGUGGUUUUAAUCCUCUUCUUACCGCCUUUUAAUUUGAGCUUGGCUCCUCCUUUCCACAGCCAGUGAGUGUUGAUAAUCAGCAGGGUCCCCAUCAUCUGUUCACUGAAUGUUAUCCUAACUAAGCAGGCAGUUCAAACGUACCAUAUCGACUAUUACAGCAAAGCCAUUUUAGCAUUAGACACAGGGCAUUCAUCUUAAUACUUUCCAAAAGCCGGUAUUAUACUAUGUAUGUGUAACGCUAAGAAAGCUUUCUUCUGGCUUCUGGCCUUGAACAGGUAACGGGGGCUGGCCUGGCGGGCCCGGGCGCUGCUGCGGCGCUCGCUCUUCUCGGGGAGCCCGUAGGGUUCUGUUCGGGAAGAGUGGCCGGGGAUCCUUCCCCGGAUCCUACCCAGCGGGGCCGAGCUCUUUUCGGGAGCCCGUAGGGUUCUGUUCGGGAGCAGUGGCCGGGGAUCCUUCCCCGGAUCAUUCCCAGCGGGGCCGAGCUCUUUUCGGGAGCCCGUAGGGUUCUGUUCGAGAGCAGUGGCCGGGGAUCCUUCCCCGGAUCCUUCCCAGCGGGGCCGAGCUCUUUUCGGGAGCCCGUAGGGUUCUGUUCGGGAGGGGUGGCCGGGGAUCCUCCCCCGGAUCAUUCCCAGCGGGGCCGAGCUCUUUCCGGCCGAGCCGUUUCCAGCAGCGCCGCCGCCGCUGCACUCGCCGGGAAGUGCCGGGCGGGGAGGAGAAGCCAUCGGCCUGGGCAGCUCCAGCGAGCCCUGCUUCUCCAGAAACCGAAACCACUGCAGGAUGCCUCCCAAAACAACUACCCUUUUUAAACUAUUUAUGCGUUAUUUGUGCAAAUUUAAAUUAAUCGGUAUUGGCCCCAGAAGGUGGCCUGGAUGCCUCGCAGUGCUGAAUGUGGAUUUCUCAUCCCAACUUCCAGAAGAACUCAACGAGCACCAGUCCAGGCCGAGUUCUGAGCUUUUACAGGAGGGCAAUAAUGCUAACCUAGAUCUGCACCAGCAAGCAGAAUGAGAAUUAACAUGCUUUA